UGUGCCCGCGCUGCCCAUCCGGCUGCUGGCCGCUCUCCGUGGAACCGCCCACUUUACGACAAGGAGGCGGGACAACGUGCAGAGCUGCCGCACGAUCAUAACGCGCUUUGUUUGUGAGCAACCAACGGGUCAGGAAACCUACGUAGAGCAACGCUAACCACAAGUCUGUAAGCAAGCUGAAUUGUUAUUUCUAAACUCUUUUCAGCCACGUCGUCCUUAUUCUAAACAAUGUUUUGAGUUGGAUGAGAAUAUUUUGGGUUCAAUUGUUUAUGAAAUCGUGUUUAAAUUCGGUCAUCCUCUUCCUGCUUCUCCGUAGCUCAUGUUCUCUCUGAUUGGUCGUUUGACCUGCCAUUUGACGGACUUUCCCGCCUCGGAUAAAUUGGGGCGUGUCUCAUGAGGUCAUUUGCCAAACUUUCCGUCAUGGCGGCGUCUCAGAGAGGAAAACCUGUAGCGAUGGAAAGCACAGAACCAGCUUCCCACCCAGGCUUCUGUAAUGACAAGUAUUCCAUGCUGGUCAUUGUCGGCGAGCACAGUCAGAGCGGACUGGUGGAUUAUUUGGUGACGGAGAUAGAGAAAGGGAUUCGCUGCUGGAAUGUGGAUCUGAAGGUGUGCAACCUGGACCAGCAGCUGAAACUGUUUGUAUCCCGACAUUCUGCUUUCUACUCUGAGGAAAUCCCAGGUCAGAGGACGCUGCAGCACAGCGGAGGCAUCCUAGACAGCCAGGUGGUGGUGAAUCCAGCGCACGAGUUCGUCUGCUCUGAGAUCCGCCGGCUGAUAUCUGAUGUGUCUCGUCACAAACUCAUAGUCCUGGUUGGCCAGUGUGUUGAAGAAACAGGAGACAUCAUUUUACAGAGAGGCUGUUUUUCUCUCAAUGAUUUCAUCCAGAUAUUUGCUGAUGAAGAGAUUGGAGAGCUGUUGAGUACAGCAAACCCAACAUUAAAGGCUAGCCUCACCCUGAGCUGUCCCAGCUUGGGGUGUUGGAAGGGCUCUAUCCAUGAGAAGCAUAGCUUGCAGGAUUUCAUAGAGAUCAAAACCAACUCUCCAUCAGUAUUGCCACUAAUGGAAGGUCUGCAGGAGUUCACAGAAUACCUAUCUGAGUCAUUGGUGCCAGAAUCACCCUUGGACCUCCUAGAGCCACCCAGUACUGUGGGGUUUCUUAAGCUGUCUCGCCCUUGCUGCUAUGUCUUCCCCGGCGGAAGAGGAGACUGUGCCUUCUUUGCUGUCAAUGGCUUCAAUGUUUUGGUUAAUGGUGGCUCUAACCCUCGCUCCUGCUUCUGGAAACUGGUUCGUCAUCUGGACAGAAUUGACUCGGUACUUCUUACUCAUAUUGGUGUGGACAAUCUCCCAGGGCUGAAUAGCCUCCUGAUGAGAAAAGCAGCAGAGCUCGAGGAGGAGCAGUCAGCUGAUUCUCAGACAGCUGAGGACUGGAUGAGAAAACUCAUCUCUCCUGAAAUUGGGGUUGUAUUUCUCAAUGCCCCGGAUAGACUGAAGUCCAACCAAAGAGAAUACAAAGAGCUGCGGAGUUGUGAUCAGAUAACCAUCACGCUGCAGUACUUGGAAAGAUUAGCAAUCAAACCUGAAGCUCUCUGUCGUCCCAUUGGUCCUAGUAUUGAACCAGUUAUCCUGUUUCAGAAGAUGGGAGUAGGUCGGCUAGAGCUGUACACCCUCAGUCCAGUCAAAGGUAGCAAAGAACUUGAAGCUUUAAUAGAAGUGUGGCCAGACAGUAUACCGACCAUGAAAGGCUCUGAUCUUCCUCUUCCGUGCCUGGUUUCCAUUUGUGCUUUGCUGGUCUGGCAUCCAUCCAGUCCUCAGGAGAAGGUCAUCCGUGUUCUUUUCCCUGGUUGUACCCCACAGACCAAGAUUCUUGAGGGACUUGAAAAAUUAAACCAUCUAGAAUUCCUCAAAUAUCCAGUGGUGUAUUUAAAAGAUCUAGAAACACAACCAAAACGAGCAGAGAGUCGGGAAAGCCUUAAGUCACUGCCAAAAGAAUCCAGACCAAGUAAUGCCUUGCUAAAGGACAAGCUUGGAAAAGGAGAUGUGAAGAAACAGGAGGUGAAAAUGAAGCCUAAGGGAAUGGGGGAUUCGAUUCCCAAGGAAGGAGAGGACAAGUCCAAACAGAAAGAAUGUGAAGCCAAAUUAAGGCUCCCGAAAGCUGCUGAAAAGGUCAGUUCAAAGAAAGAUCCCAUAAAAGAUGAGAAGAAAGAUGGAAAAAAGAAGGAUGAGAAGGUCCCUGUUGGUGUUGUCAAAAAAGAAAUGAUUGGAGAGAAAAACAAAGAAGGCAUGAAGAAGGAAUCUUUCGGUACAAAGCCAAAGAAAGACAUUAAACUUGAUCCAAAAAAGGAUAGCAAGAAGGAGGAAAAGAAAAUGCCAAAACUCCCGGGAAAAGAAGUGAAGAAAGUGGCGAGUGCAUCAUCAGCAGUUAAUGCAGAAGCAAAAAAAACUUCAGCCAAGAACGGGACACUAAAGAAGGAUGGGACACUUACAAAGAAAGAAGCUUCCAACAAAGGGACAAAAUCCAAACCAGGAUUAAAGGAACAGGAAGGUCAGAAGUCCUGUCCUUCAGAGAGAAUGUUAAACCCCAAGGUUCUGAUUACAGAAUUUGAAAAACUUGGUUUAGAAAAUGAAAAUGGGAACAGUGAUGAAAACUCUAUGGGUGACGGGUUGACAACAUCUGGGAAUCAGGAGAUAGAGGAGAGUCCCGAGAAGUUUCGCUGUAUUGAGGGACUCCCUCACCAAGACCAAGUUACAGGGGCCUCCUCCACUCUCGCUAAAACUCCAAAAAGUGAGCACAGUGUUAAUUUUGAUCCGACUCCAACUGAAUACAGGCUGCUUGAUGGGACCUUAAAAAAUGGAGAGAAUCCCUCAGUCGAUUCAAAUGAGAAAACUUCAGCGUCAGUCUCUCCUGCAGAACCUGCCCCUCAUAGUGCAGUUUCUACCUUUUCACACCAAUCACCUGAAGAGAACAGUCAUUCUGGGGCCAGAAUAUCCAACCAGGGGUUGUCCAUUAGUACCUCAGAAUCGUGCUGCUUAAGGCAGGGCUUGGAAAAGUCUACAUCCUUUCAGGACAACCGGUCAAACUGUUUGAACUCAAGUCCUUUCAGAGAAAUCUCACCUGAUGUCUCCCCCACUAUGACCUCCAUGUCUGCAGAGGUUAACUCCCCACACUCUUCAGGUGAUGAAUCCCUUUCUGUUUCCUCUGUGCAGAUGUCACUGAGAACCUACUCUAAUGGACACUUCACGGAGUCUGAUCCCAACACAGGCAUGACUUUACCUCUGAGAACGUCCCACAGCAUGCACUCUGAAAAUGGUCCUGAGGACCACAUGCACGAAAUGAGAGACCUCAUUCAUGAUGUUCCUCAUGAUGUGGACCUUUGCUUGGUGUCCCCAUGUGAGUUCCAGCACCACAGGUCCCAAGGAACCCAUCAACAUCACGUGAGCUCCAGUCCAGCUAGCAUUAGCCCAGAAGACCUUGGCAAAGACAACUACUCCUCCCAGGAUCUGACCACACAGCAAAAUCAGAACAACAACAACAACCCCAUAUCCCUUCAUGACCAGGAGACUCCACCUACAUCAGCCAGUGACUCCCUCCCCACUGUCACAGAUUCUGAUGUACCUCCUCGAACCGAGGAAUGUCCUUCCAUCAGUGAAGAUCUAGACUCUGAUGAUGACUCUCCCCAUCAUCUACAAGAUAAUCAUAGCCUUCAGUUUUCUCAAAGUGGCCCACAGCCUUCCUCUCAUGACCCUCCCCCAGCCCCAAUGAAGGACUUGCCUCCCUUGCCACCCCAGUCUGGGGCCUGCAUGGCAGAUGUAGAAGCCGAAGUCUCAAGCAAGACCCAAAAAAACACAGUUGCUAGGCCCAAGAAAUUACCUGCUAUGUCCCAGAAACCAUCCUCUGGGAAUAGCACAGCACAGAAUGGAAAGCCCAGGGCAGCCAGUGCUACUGGGGCAUUGAAAACUACUUCCAGUCUUGACACAAGGCCAACAUCUCGUAACUUCACCAGUGGUUCCAGACCUGGAACUGCAAAGCUCCAUCCCUCAGGUACCAAAGCAGGAAGUGGUACUGGGCCUGUGGUCUAUCUGGACCUGGCCUACCUGCCAUCCAGUUGUGCCUCCACCACUGUAGAUGUGGAAUUCUUCAAGAGAUUGCGCUCCUCCUGCUACAUCAUCAGUGGAGACGACCCUCUGAAGGAGUCUGUCAUGAGAACCAUCCUAGAUGCCCUAUUGGAGGGGAAGACUGUCUGGCCGGAGGUCCAGGUGACCCUGAUCCCUACGUUUGAUUCGCUGACUAUGCAUGAGUGGUAUCAGGAGACCCAUGAUAGGCAGAGGGAGCUGUCAAUCACCGUGCUUGGCAGUAACAGCACCGUGGCCAUGCAGGAGGAGACUUUCCCUGCCUGCAAGGUGGAGUUCUGAGGACUGCACUGCAAUCCCUCUCAUCCCCAACAAA